AUGCCUACCUUGAAGCAGAUCAGCUGCUCACUGGAGCUCGGCAGCAACACACGACUGAAAGAGUACGGCCACCGCUACACUGACGGCGGCGUCGAAGCCUUCGUGGCCGUCCCGGAUACGCAAAUCCCCUUCCAUAUCCGAGUCACCUCGAGCGGAUACAUCGCGCCGGGUCUGGCGGCAUUCGUGUUCAUGGACGGCGCGUAUCAGUGCAAUCGUAAUCGGCAGCGGUUGGCAAUACCUGCUCCCGGCUUGGAUCCUAGCAAGUACGAGGUCGACUUCCAGCUGCGUCAGAAGGAGGAGAAGACUUCAGAAGGCCUCUUUGUGGCUCGAGAGUGGUCAUUUGCCCAGUUGAAGACCGGAAAUGCCGACCGAGCGCCCGACGUCAACCCCAGCUUUGCAUCCAAUGUAGGUACCAUUGAGGUUGUCAUUCUGAGGUGCAAAGAAGGUGGUUUCAGAGAAGAUGCAGUGGAUCCAGCACACGCAGUAGUCAACGGCGGCCCUGCUACGACAACGCCGUCUCGGGCCGCAUCUGUUGUCAGUAAUGUCGUCUCUGUCACGAAACCAGCUUCCGUUGCGAAAACAGCAUCAGCUAAAGCUUCGAGCAAGGCUCCGUCGAAGGCGGUCUCUGAAUUGGGCGGCCUAAUGGGGCUCUUUGACGGAGCCGCUGAUGAUGACUUCGGCGCAAGCUAUGACGGCCCGGAUGAUUACGACCCACACGGCUUCCCUCGCCGCUCUCCCAGUUAUGUCGAGAGACGGCCGCCGCCACCAGAUUAUCGCUGGGACACCUUUCGUGGCGGAUAUCGACACUUGCCUCCACUCCACCGAUCCCCAGACCAAUUCAGAAGAGUCUACGAGGAUGAAUUCCACAGUCUCGAUGUGCAUCCGCCAGAGGACAGUCCUCCCGGCAACAACAACGAGAGAGGCGACAUGGUCUUUAUCGAAGAAUCAGCUGGUCAGAUUGGGCAACUCGUCAUGCAAGGAACCGAAUGUGCCAAGCGGUACACAAUUAUGGAACGAGAAGCCAAUAUGCAUCGCUAUGAGCCUGACGUCUUUUCCACCAUGGCUAGAGCUCUUCAGCGCAAAGCACAAGAUAUUACAUCCAUAAACCAGGAGAUUAACAGUUUGUACAGAUCCAUUGAUGCCUGCAUGCGCCGAAUGGACAAGAACGAUUUCCAGCAAAUGAGAAGCUUCCUACAUCAGCAACACGUCUAUCCAGAGAUACAGAUCGAGCUGGCCACACCGCUGCCGACGCCGACGCCCCGUCGGGUCAGUCCACAAUCUCCUCAAACACCUGCUAUAUCCAGACUUCGAGGUUCGGUUGCCAAAGCUGGUUGGCAGGAUGGAGGAAGUGGCAAAACGAGGAAGAGUUUGGCGGAAAGAAAACAGCAGGGGCUGAACCAUCGCGACGAGAGCGAUGCGGGACGCCGGUCCCCCCCUCGAAGCCAAAAGAGUAACGAGGAUAUGGACGGCGUUGCUAAGUGGACUGGUAAUGUGCAAGAAGAUGAUAUCUGGGAGACGGCCUCGGCGAAGAAAAUCUCGCGCAAUGGGCGGUGGCAUAGCUCGCCCGCACAGGACAGCUCGCGCAGAAACAUAGGCUGGAAUGAUACACCAGCCAACUGGAACGAUACACCAGGAAAGAGCAGCUCGCGCCACGACAAGAACGCUUGGGGCAACUCGUCAGGCUCGGUACAUUCCGCCAAAAAGUCGCAGAAACCGCAAAAGGGUGGCGGUUGGUCUCCCGACAGAUCGUCUGUAAGUAAGCCACCAGGUGCAUGGCCCGCGACUCCCAACAAGAGUGGCAAGAGCUGGUCACAACAAGGCGAAGGUCAGGACACCGGCAGCUGGGGCGGCGGUGGCGCCUGUGACAAUAUUGAAUCUAAGUCAAACAAUAAUGGCGCGGGUUGGAGUGGUGAUGGCAACGAUGAUGGCGGAAGCACCGCUUGGGUAGAUCAGGCUGACGCACACUCUGAAAAGCAGGAUGAUUCCAACCAUGGCUGGGGAGCGACGGGUGAUGAUAAUGCGAAGGCCAAUUCCUGGGGCGGUGGCAAUGAUCCAUCCCAGAACAACCAAUCCCAGGCUUCUCAGAAGUCCACAAGCCAAUGGGGCCAUGGAAAUCAAUCAAAGAACAACGAUGAAACCGGAGCGGGUGACAAGCCAGCAAAUGACGACCAUGGAGGAGGAGAUUGGGGCAAUGUUCAGAAAACCAGGAGUCGGACCAAGUCAACGCAGCAGAAAGUCAAGUCAAAAGCAGCCGACAAUAGCUGGGGCAGCGAUGGCGCACUGUCAAAAUUGAGAGACGAUGCUGUGGCAACCACGGUUUCAGCGAUUCGUCCAGUCAUCAAGCCCUAUUGGCAAGUCUGGGACAAGCCAGCAGAAGAGGAGAAGAAACCUCGAACGCAACCUCGCGAUGCAUAUGUUUACCCAGCACCGCCAUCGAUUGCAGCACCUCCAGGCAAACCUCCCAGCGUAAGCCACGGCGUCCAAGCAGGUCGAGGAGCGAAUUACACGCACAAACUCCAUCAACCCGAAUAUCUCGACACCAUGCAACAACCCUACGCCAUUUUCACAUUCAAGUAUCGGAGCAAAGCCGCAGUAGAGAAGAUUCUAAAGAAGAAAAUCGAUACGAGUAAUGUGCAACAAGCAGUCAAAGAAGUUGAAGCAGAGAGAUUGAGGAGACUACCCAAGGACGAACUAGUCGCAGAACUGAUGCGAAGACAAACGAUGAUGAGCAGCAGCCGCAAUAGCAGCAACAACAGCAGCAACGGCAACAGCAGCGCUUCAUCAUCUCACCUGCCUUCCCACACAAGUAAGCUCCGUGAAGACAAUAAUGAUGGAGAGAAGGAGAAGAAAGCCAGUAGCAGAACAAAGUCACCCUCGAACAAAAGCGGCUGGGGUGUCGAAGUCAAACCCUCUGACUCUGUGAGUAAUGUUGCCGCAUCGCGAGCAUCGCGAGCAUCGAAGAAGGUGGAGAAGGAGAAGGUGGAUGAUUGGCAGCAAGUGGGACAGGGUGAAGUCGCCACUAGUUGGCAUCAGAAAGGAGGAAGCAGAGCAAGCAAGGCGAAGACGGAAGAGCAUUGGAAUUCCGGGGAUGCGGAUAUGAAGCAGGCUGGUGGUGGCAUUUGGUGAAGAGAGAGAGAGAGAGAGAGAGAGAGAGAGAG